GGGGGUCCCCCAGUCCUUCCACGCCUGCUUUGUCGUUUCUUCGCUAACAGCCUAGCCCAGCCUCACCAUGGCGGACGCCUUCGCAGGCACCUGGAAGCUGGUGGACAGCAAGAAUUUCGAUGACUACAUGAAGUCCAUCGGUGUGGGUUUUGCUACCAGGCAGGUGGCCAGUAUGACCAAGCCUACCACAAUCAUUGAAAUAAAUGGGGAUACGAUCACCCUAAAAACACAAAGCACCUUCAAGAACACGGAGAUCAGCUUCAAGCUGGGGGUGGAGUUUGACGAGACAACGGCAGAUGACCGGAAGGUCAAGUCCACCGUGACGCUGGAUGGAGGCAAACUUGUCCACGUGCAGAAAUGGGAUGGGCAAGAAACAAAACUUGUGCGGGAGCUCGUGGAUGGCAAACUCAUCCUGACGCUCACCCACGGCAAUGUAGUGUGUACGCGCACUUACGAGAAGGAGGCAUGACCAGCCCACUGCUUCACUGACCGUUCCGCUGCCAGCUGGCUACCCCUGGACUCAGCACCAGAUUGCCUCGUCUUUUCCUCUGGCGUUUUGUAUAAAUCCACCUGGGGGGGGGGGGGGGAGUUCUUCUGGG